AUGGAGGAGGAGGGAAGCAGCGGCGGUGGCGCGGCGGGGACCAGCGGGGACGGCGGCGGCGGGGAGCAGCUCCUCACCGUGAAGCACGAGCUGCGGACCGCUAAUUUAACAGGACAUUCAGAGAAGGUGGGGAUUGAAAAUUUUGAGCUUCUGAAAGUCCUAGGAACUGGAGCUUAUGGCAAAGUAUUUCUAGUGCGUAAAAUAAGUGGUCAUGAUACUGGAAAGCUGUAUGCCAUGAAAGUUUUGAAAAAGGCAACAAUUGUCCAGAAAGCCAAAACGACAGAGCACACGUGGACGGAACGCCAGGUCCUGGAGCACAUUAGGCAGUCCCCAUUUUUGGUGACAUUGCACUAUGCUUUCCAGACAGAGACCAAACUUCAUCUCAUUUUAGAUUAUAUAAAUGGUGGCGAACUUUUCACUCACCUUUCUCAAAGAGAGCGUUUCACAGAGCACGAGGUGCGCAUCUAUGUGGGAGAGAUCACCCUCGCCCUCGAACAUCUCCACAAGUUGGGGAUUAUAUACCGUGACAUUAAGCUUGAGAAUAUUCUGCUUGAUUCUAAUGGCCAUGUGGUGCUGACCGAUUUUGGUCUGAGUAAGGAGUUUGUGGCUGAUGAAGCUGAAAGAGCAUAUUCCUUUUGUGGAACUAUUGAAUACAUGGCACCAGAUAUUGUCCGAGGGGGAGAUUCAGGACAUGACAAGGCAGUUGACUGGUGGAGUUUAGGUGUCCUGAUGUAUGAGUUGCUAACUGGAGCGUCUCCUUUCACCGUUGAUGGAGAGAAGAAUUCCCAGGCUGAGAUAUCUAGGAGAAUAUUAAAAAGCGAGCCUCCAUAUCCCCAAGAAAUGAGUGCUUUAGCUAAAGACCUAAUUCAACGUCUUCUGAUGAAAGACCCCAAGAAAAGACUGGGAUGUGGUCCACGGGAUGCGGAUGAAGUCAAAGAGCACCUCUUCUUUCAGAAAAUAAAUUGGGAUGAUUUAGCUGCCAAAAAAGUGCCCGCACCAUUUAAGCCAGUCAUUCGAGAUGAGUUAGACGUGAGUAACUUUGCUGAGGAGUUCACAGAGAUGGACCCCACCUAUUCCCCCGCAGCCCUGCCCCAGAGCUCGGAGAGGCUGUUCCAGGGCUAUUCCUUUGUUGCCCCCUCCAUCCUCUUCAAGCGUAAUGCAGCCGUCACAGAUCCCUUUCAGUUUCACGUGGGAGUGGAACGUCCUGGAAUGACAAAUGUUGCCAGGAGUGCCAUGAUGAAGGACUCUCCAUUCUACCAACACUAUGACCUCGAUCUGAAGGACAGACCAUUGGGAGAAGGCAGCUUUUCAAUUUGCCGAAAGUGCACACACAAAAAAAGUAACCAAGCGUUUGCAGUCAAAAUAAUCAGCAAAAGGAUGGAAGCCAAUACGCAGAAAGAAAUCACAGCCCUGAAACUCUGUGAAGGGCACCCCAACAUCGUGAAGCUGCAUGAAGUUUUCCAUGAUCAGCUUCACACGUUUCUCGUGAUGGAACUUCUGAACGGCGGGGAGCUGUUUGAGCGCAUUAAGAAAAAGAAGCACUUCAGUGAGACGGAGGCCAGCUACAUCAUGCGGAGGCUUGUCUCAGCUGUGAGCCACAUGCACGAUGUAGGAGUGGUACACAGGGAUUUGAAACCUGAGAAUUUAUUGUUCACUGAUGAAAAUGACAAUUUGGAAAUCAAAGUCAUUGACUUUGGAUUUGCACGCUUAAAGCCGCCCGAUAACCAGCCUCUGAAGACGCCGUGCUUCAGCCUUCACUACGCUGCCCCCGAGCUCUUGAACCACAAUGGCUAUGAUGAGUCCUGCGACCUCUGGAGCCUGGGUGUCGUCCUGUACACAAUGCUAUCAGGACAGGUCCCAUUCCAGUCUCAUGACAGAAGUUUGACAUGUACCAGCGCAGUGGAAAUCAUGAAGAAAAUCAAGAAGGGAGAUUUCUCCUUUGAAGGAGAGGCUUGGAAGAAUGUGUCCCAAGAGGCUAAAGAUCUGAUUCAAGGACUCCUCACAGUUGAUCCAAAUAAAAGACUCAAAAUGUCUGGCUUGAGAUACAAUGAGUGGCUCCAAGAUGGCAGUCAGCUGUCCUCCAACCCUCUGAUGACACCAGACAUUCUAGGGUCAUCAGGAGCUGCUGUGCACACCUGUGUGAAAGCAACCUUCCACGCCUUUAACAAAUACAAGAGAGAGGGGUUUUGCCUUCAGAAUGUCGAUAAGGCCCCUUUGGCGAAGAGAAGGAAAAUGAAAAAGACUAGCACCAGUACAGAGACACGCAGCAGCUCCAGUGAAAGUUCUCAUUCUUCUUCCUCGCACUCUCACGGGAAAACCACACCUACGAAGACUCUGCAGCCCAGCAACCCCACUGACAGCAAUAACCCGGAGAGCCUCUUCCAGUUCUCAGACUGA